UUCAGGAGAACAAUCAUGAAAGGUGAGCAGGAUUAUUUAUUGCUUCAAAAGUACGGAGUGAAACCGUUUUACUUUUUAGAAUUCAAGGAGACGUUGUGGCUUGCGGUAUGUGUCAUUAUUGCGAAUAGUGGCUUUGUGCAGAGUCAAGAUCCACUAAAUCCAUGUUUUGGAAUCGUUGAACUCGUGAGGAUUCCGGACAUCGAAGACUGCACUAGGUUCACCCUGUGUAUAAGUGGUGAAGCAUUUCCUCAGCAGUGCAGUCCAGGAUUGAUUUUCGAUGUAAUCACCGAUAGUUGCAACUUGGAAGAAAUAUCUAUAUGCAUUCAGGAUGUCUUGACUCCACCUACUCCCGGUGGCACAGAUGAAUCCACUGUACCCACUGUAGCGCCAACAGUGCCAACUGAUGGUACGCAAGCUCCACCAGCUCCAACUCCGGGACCAACGAUUCCAACAGCACCUACGCCAGGUCCCACACCAGCACCUGUUCCGACACCAGCACCUGUUACGACACCAGCACCUGUUCCGACACCAGCACCAACCCAGGCUCCUACACCCGCUCCAACAGCUCCAACACCCGCUCCAACACCCCCUCCACCAGCCCCAACACCCGCUCCAACACCCCCUCCACCAGCCCCAACACCCGCUCCAACUCCUGCACCAACUCCUGCACCAACGCCUGCACCAACUCCUGCACCAACGCCUGCACCAACUCCUGCACCAACUCCAGUACCAACGCCUGCGCCAACUCCUUCUCCACCUACCGAUGGGGCACCACACUGUCCUCCAGGAGCAAUAUUCUACGCACCGCAUCCGGACUGUACCCGCUUCUUCCGCUGUGUCUUCGGUACCCUGUUCGUGCUGGAUUGUCCCCCGAACCAGCACUGGAAUCAAGCUCGGGAGUACUGUGAUCACGCUUGGAAUGUGCCGUGCUAAUUGAUAGUGUAAGAAUUCAUCG